CCAGUUUUCCGGGAGAAUCCUUCGGAUGCAGUUGCAGCCAAAAUGUCCAUCCAGUUGGGUAAAUUAUGUUCCCGGAUCAUCGAACAGCACUUCGGGGAGGUUGUCCGUAUCGUGGCGGAUGAUCUUUUCGCAUCGAUCGCAAGACCCCUGUCGCAAAUAGUGCGAUCGACUGGCCUUACUAAAUCGGAGGUCUGUAAAUCAUUGGCCAUUUUACUAAAGUUUGGUCUGGCUGUAUUCAACCCGAACAAAGCUCAAACUGGCUACGAGUACCGGUUAAAUCACGAUCGCGUUGUGAUGAUUCUACGCUACCCUCGGUACAUGCAUUUAAUACAGACCAAAUUCGAUCAUGAAUCGGCCGUGCUGAUGGAAGAAUUGCUGCGCUGCGGAUCACAAUCUGCGUCGUACAUCAUCGUUAAAUCGAUGUCCAAUGUGGACACCAAAAACCGUAACACGUUAUCGUUGCUGCGUGAUAAAUUCACUAUACUUGCUCAGGAACAUUACAUUAUCCGGGCACCGGAACCGAAGGCAUGCGCGGAAAACGCUGAGCUGAUGGAGCUCUGCUACGAUAAUUCCAAUCCUUUUGCCAUGCCCGAGCUAGAUUUGCGCAUUCUGACCGAUCUGCACGAGGGAAAAGCCGGUGUAAAGGCGCCCGACGAGGACAUCAUCUGGCUGGUGAAUGUGGAGCGAUUUCACGUCGACUUCCGGGAUACCAUCAUGAUAAGCGCGAUUGAGCGCAUGAUUGACGCGAAUGCGGCCGAGGCCAUGAAAUACCUGCUGCAGUUGAUGGACGAACGAACCAAAUCUUGGGAAGCCGUUUCGAAUCCGAUCGCGCUCGCUGACCUCCGGCAAAGGUGUGAGAAAAAGUCGGCGAACGUUGAAAUGCUGCGCUAUCUGGAUCAGUACUUUUCCGUGAUGGAAUCGUAUGAGUUCCUCUCCAAGUGUGAUAGCAAAGGAGGUGGGCAAUUUACGGUGAACAUAAAGAAGAUUUACGAGCAACUAACCUGGGCGUGUAUUGAGAACAUCAUCGUCGAGAAGUACGGCUCGAAAGCGGCCCGCAUCUUCCGGGUCAUUCGUAUGAAGCGCUACGUUGAACAGGAGGAUAUACAGAAAGAAGCGAUGGUACCGGCCAAGGAAGCGAAACAACUUACCUACAAGCUGAUGGAGGAGAACUUUCUGCAGAUUCAAACGUUCCGCAAGCCAGGCGGUGGCAAUGCUGGUGCCCCAAAGUCGUUUUUCUUGUUCUACAUUAACCAGUCGCAAAUUGUGGCGAUGCUGUUGGAGAUCUGCUACAAAGCGCUAUACAAUUCCAUGACCCGCUCCACACACGACAAGACUGUUAACAAACGGCUGAUCGAAAAGAGCCAACGUUUGGAUAGUAUCGUUGAGACAAUGAAGGAGCGCGGGGAAUCGGAGGCCUACAUUAAUGAAAUCCUCGAAACACUGACCCCACCGGAGCAAGAGAUCCUGCAAAAGGUCAAACUACGAGUGAAAAGCCUUUACAGUGCCGAGAUAGGCAUAGACGAAACCAUUUUCAUUCUCAAAUUGUACCAAGAGUAUCAAAAUAAAUAGUUAAACUCUAUUUGAAA